AUGUCGGAAUCUACUGCUUUGUUGGGGAAACGCUUCCGUACAAAUCAUAUACUCCGCAACAAAAAGUUACACAAAGUUUUAUUAGCAAUCCUUACAGUGGUUCUAAUUACAUUAUAUUCUUACUUUGAACCAUUCCCUACAUCCUUCGGACAUCCUAAACCUCAAAAGAAAAACUUAAUCUUUUUCGUCACAGAUGGUAUGGGUCCUGCAUCUUUAUCCUUAACUAGAUCGUUUAGACAACUCACCGAAGGCUUACCAAUAAAUGAUAUAUUAGAACUGGAUCAUCAUCUGAUCGGUUCUUCUCGUACUAGGUCAUCGGAUUCUCUUAUUACAGAUUCUGCAGCAGGUGCUACUGCUUUCUCAUGUGCUUUGAAAUCAUAUAACGGUGCUAUCGGAGUAUCUCCAUUAAAAAAUCCAUGUGGCACCAUUCUAGAAGCAGCUAAAUUAAAAGGUUAUAUGACAGGUUUAGUAGUGACUACUAGAAUCACAGAUGCUACUCCAGCUGCAUUUAGUUCUCAUGCUGAUUAUCGUGUUCAAGAAGAUCUUAUCGCAUUACAUCAACUUGGAGAAUAUCCAUUAGGUAGAAUGGUGGAUUUGAUUAUUGGUGGAGGUAGAUCUCAUUAUACUUCAAAAGUACGUAAGGAUGGUCGUGAUCUAUUACAUGAAUCUGUUGAGAAUGGAUGGCAACUCGUUCAAAAUCGUAAAGAAUUUGAUUCUCUGCAGUUAGGUGAUAAUGUAACAUUACCACUUUUAGCAUUGAUCGCUGAAAAUGAUGUUCCAUUUGAUAUUGAUAGAGAUCCUAAAAUGUAUCCAUCUUUAGAAGAACAAGCUUUAACUGCAAUUAAAGCCCUUACAGAAGCCACUAAGGAUUCAGAUGAAGGAUUUUUCUUAUUGAUUGAAGGUUCAAGGAUUGACCAUGCUGGACAUCAGAAUGAUCCAGCGGCUCAAGUGAGAGAAGUUCUUGCAUUUGACAAGGCAUUUAAAUCUGUCUUGGAAUUUGCGGAGCAAUCAGAUGUUGAGACUGUUCUUAUCUCCACUUCAGAUCAUGAAACUGGUGGUCUAGUUACUGCUAGACAAGUCACAGAGUCAUACCCUGAUUAUGUAUGGUUCCCACAAGUUUUAGCGAACUCAACUCAUUCUGGUGAACAUCUGAAAUCUUUGAUCAAUAAUUUCAAAGGUAAGAAAGAAGAAAAAACAGAAUUCGUUAAACAUGAAAUAAUGGAAAAUCAUUUAGGGAUCAAUGAUUAUACCGAACAUGAAAUUAAAUCAUUAGUCUCAGAAACAGAUGCAAACAAAAUUCAAGAUUUGAUUAAUAUUAUGGUAAGUUUCAGGGCACAAGUCGGAUGGACUACUCAUGGUCAUAGUGCUGUUGAUGUUAAUAUAUAUGCAUAUUCCAAUAGACGUGAAAGAUGGCAUGAUAUAUUGGAUCAUUUACAAGGUAAUCAUGAAAAUAUUGAAAUUGGUGAAUAUAUGGCUAAAUAUUUGAAUUUAGACCUAAAUUCAAUUACAGAGUUAGUUAAGGAUACACAUCAUUCUCCAGAUGCUAAAGUUGCUUUAUUCGAAACAGAACACGAUAUAUAUGGUCAUAAACUAAAUUAG